AUGGAAAUGUUUCACGAUAAGGAGAGCUAUGAUCCAGAAGGGGUCAGCGACGAUUCCUCUGUUCGAGACGAGUCAAUUCUGGAGAAGACCAGGGACAAGGAGUCCAGGGAGAAGGCUGACCUUUCUCAGAAGCCACCCUAUUCUUACGUGGCCUUAAUAGCCAUGGCGAUAAAGGACAGUCAGGAGAAGAGGCUCACUCUCAAUGGCAUCUACCAGUAUAUCGUUGCUAAGUUCCCAUACUAUGAAAAAAACAAGAAAGGGUGGCAAAAUAGCAUCAGGCACAACCUUAGCCUGAACGAAUGUUUUGUCAAAGUUCCCAGAGAAGGUGGGGGAGAGAGGAAGGGCAACUACUGGACUUUGGAUCCGGCUUUUGAAGACAUGUUUGAUAAGGGGAAUUACAGAAGGAGAAGGAGAGUUAAGAGGCCGUACAGACCGUCUUCAUCCCCCUUUCUGCCUGGAAAGCCGUGUGUGAAUUACUCGGACCCGUUUUACUACCAAACUCCCAAGUACCUGCAGGCCCCCUUUGCGAGCAGUUCGUGGUCAAUGAGCCAAGGACAGUCGACUGCCUCGAUGACCUACCACCAGUCCUGCCAGGCUGCCAAUGGCAACGUCAGCCCGGUUCAGAUGAAUGGACUCGCCUCAUCUUACGGCCCUUAUUCUCGAAUGCAGAGCUUGCCUUUAGUCCCGGGACCCUCUAGCCCCUAUGGCGGUAUGAGCCAACAGAUGAGCCCGGGGGCACAUGCAGCGAGCAGCGGAUACCAGCUCUCAUGCGCCCGGCAACCCGAGGUGCCAGUAGUGCACUGCUCGUAUUGGGAAUAUGGACCGAUGGCCACCAGAAUGGAUAUGUAA